UGAGCGCAACCGGAAGCGGUAACCGCUGACCACGUGACGUGUUUCCGUCAUCAGUGUGUGUGUCUCGCACUGUAGCAACAGUCUCUCAGUGACUGUUUCUGAACGUUAUUGUAACAUAUUUCCCCACGGAUAAACACACACACAUUUAUUUCACUGCCUGCCAGCUGUUUUCGCCACAUGUGUGUUCUCCGUAGUCUCAGUCUAGCGCGGCCUGGACUGGCCGGGAGAUGAAGCAGUAGGCCCGGCUAUCGAUCAUCAGGUAGGUCAGUGUUAGCGGUUAGCUUCGUUAGCCUCUCCGGCUGUAUGUGAGCACAAAGGCCGUGCACACGGCCUCGGCUUUUUUUUAACAAUGUACCCCUCCUGGGGAAACUUUGGUGGACCCCAGCCGCAAAACUAUGGAGGGUCUGGUCCCCGUAAGCCUGGUGGCGCCCACGCCGGCCAGGCGGCGGGGUUCGGCGGAUUCGAGGCCCCGUCCAGCGGCUCGCUGUUCUCCAGCCUCCAGGAGCAACACCUCCAACAGAUGCAGCAGCUGCAGAUGCUGCACCAGAAGCAGCUCCAGUCUGUGUUACACCACGGCAACACUGCCAACGCGUACGGUGCCGGACACUCGGGUGUGCACUCGGGGACACCGUGGCAUCCGGAGGGACCGGGACAUUCAGAAAGCGGAGUUCAGUCGUACUAUAAUCAAGAGGAGACUCCCGGACAACCGACGAGAGGUCCCCCUCCUCAGCAGGGUCACCCAUCACAUCCUCCUCCGCCUCCACCGCAACCGAAACCCAACGACUCCCAGCCGGUGCCUCCCCCUCCGGAGCCCCCGUCAUUAAAGCCCCUGGAGAACAAUGCUGCCCCCAAACAAGAGGCCAACAAGAAACAGCUGUCCACGACAGAAAACGACACAUCCCUACCUUUGCAGGAGCAACAGCAACUUUGGUACAAACAACAUCUUCAAAACCUACAGAAGUUAAAGCAAGAGCGAGCCAAACAGAAUCAGAAAGAGGGCGAUGGUCCCCUGCCGCCAACAGCUGUGGGCCAGUCAGUUCCUCCUCCUCCUCCUCCAUCAGACCCACCGAAAGGCAUACCUCCUCCACCCCCUCCAAAAGAGGAACCCCCAGCACCACCUCCACCUCCUGAGGACGCAAGGCCUGAGAUCCCGCAAGACCCAGAGGAGGCUGUCCGCCUCCAACAGCUACAGGCUGCAGCAGCGCAGUGGCAACAGGUGCAGCAGCAGAGAGCAGGCUUACAAUACCAGGCUCUCAUGCAGCACCAUGAGAAACUUCAGCAGAUCCUGGAACAAUACCAACAAUUGAUUCAGCAACCUACAAACCUACAGUCAAUGUCUCCUGAAAUGCAGCUGAGGCACUAUGAAAUGCAACAGCAGCAGUUCAUGCCUUUAUUCCAAGACUGGGAUCGCUCCUUCGCCCUGUGGCGUGAGCAGUUCCAGACCUAUCCCCACAAAGACCAGCUGCAAGACUAUGAACACCAGUGGAAGCAGUGGCAGGAGCAGAUGAACGCCACCAAUGCCCACCUUCAAGAAAGAGUGGCCACUCUUACUGCCAUGGUGCCAUUUGCCUCAAGCCAGUAUAGUAGUGGGAUGGUGGGACAGUAUGGCCACUACCCUGGACAAGACAUACAAAUCCAGCAGCAAUCAGUAAAACCGGGUAUUCAGCCCUCACCUGUUGCUGUUGGUCCCAGAUCUCAAGGUCCAAGGCCCACUGGCUUUGGACCACAUUCAGAACCACCUGCUGGUCCCCCUGCGAGAGGCAGUGGCCCUGCUGGCAUAGUCAGACCCCCAGUUCCCCCCUCCGUUCAGCCACCAAGCUUCAACGGCAUUAGAGGUCCACGUGGAAACAACCCUAGAUUUGACCAACCACAGCAGCGCUUUGAUGGUCCCCCGAGGUUUGACCAACCACAGCAACGCUUUGAUGGUCCCCCGAGAUUUGACCAACCACAGCAACGCUUUGAUGGUCCCCCAAAGUUUGACCAACCACAGCAACGCUUUGAUGGCCCCCCUCGAUUUGAGAAACCACAGCAGCGCUUUGAUGGGCCCCCUCGGUUUGACCAACCACGACAUCGUUUUGAUGGUCCACCCAGGUUUGACCAACCACGGCAGCGCUUUGAUGGUCCACUCAGAUUUGAUCAACCUCGAUUUGGGCAGCCGCCUAGGUUUGAACAGCCUCCAAGGCACCCUGGCCCCCCUGGCCCCCCUCCUCGUUUUGAACGCCCACCUGUGCCCCAGCAAAUGCAACAGCAAGGUCUCCAACUUAAGGCCGAACCAGCCACUAAACAGCCUGACAGUAUGGAUUCUAAGACUCCAGGAAAAACAGCUGUGCAGUCUGAAAAAGAAAAAAGUGACUCAAAACCAGAUAAGGCCAAUGCUGAUGACAUGACAGAUGACAACUUGCUUGGAACUGAGGGCUUUUUUGUCCAAAAUGACCCCAUUCCACAGACAAUAAAAACAAACACGACUGAAGAACCUGAUGACACUAAUGUGUCAAACAAUAAAGAAAAACCCAAACCUGCUGACAGCAAGCCUAAUGUAACUGCUCCAUCUACUGUAGCAUCAAAAAAUACUACUACACAAAAUCCUGUCAAACCAGAUGAACCAUUGACAAACAACAAGCCCCCACAGGUUACAAAGCCCCCUGGAAUCCAACAGGACCCACAAGCCUCUGGCCAAGUGCAGUCAAGACCAGAUCCUCCAAGGCCUUCCCCAGGUAGGGGACGAGGCCAACCCCCAGGGCCUGUUCAAGUGCAUGGACGAGGACGUGGGCAGAGGGGACCAAACACUUUACCGCCUGGGGAGAAGAUGGGAGAAAUGUCUUAUGACUACUUGCCUGAAGAGGAUAUGGGAAUGCCAGAACAGCAGGAAGAAUAUCACUGGCAGGAUCCUUCAUACGAGGAGUAUGGUGGUGGGGAAUCUGAGGUGCCCCCUGAAGAAAUGUGGAUGCCAGAGGAACAUCACUUCCAAACAGAGGAUGAUUAUUAUGAAGAGUCAAUGGGAGGACCCCCUAUGGGAAGAGGAGGGCACCCAAUGAUGAGAGGAGGGCACCCGAUGGGCAGAGGUGGUCCUCCCAUGGGAAGAGGAGGUAUGCCUAUGGGUAGAGGGGGACCACCUUUGGGUAGAGGGGGACCACCAAUGGUUAGAGGAGGUCCCCCUAUGGGAAGAGGAGGUCCCCCUAUGGGAAGAGGAGGCCCUCCUAUGGCAAGAGGAGGUCCCCCUAUGGGAAGAGGAGGUCCACCUAUGGGAAGAGGGGGACCGCCAAUGGGCAGAGGAGGUCCACCCCCCAUGGGAAGAGGAGGACCACACCCUAUGGGAAGAGGAGGACCACCUCCCAUGGGAAGAGGAGAACCAAUGGACAGACACUGGGAAGAAGUUGAGUCAGCAGAGUACUCAGAGGAAGGGGACCCUUACUGGGGAGAAAGGAGACCUCCAAUGAGAGGCAUGAGACCCCCAUUUCCACCUGGCCGUGGUCGUCCCCCACGUGGUCAUCCUGCUUUCAUGCACCAAGGACGUGGACGUCCCCCACACCCAGGGCAUGGGCCAAUGGAUCAUGAGCCAUUAGGUCAUGAAAUAGACACUGAUGAUACUGAAAUAGAUCCAGCAAGGCACCCCAUGUACCAUGGACAUGACAUUCAUAGCCAUCCUGAUGUCGGAAGGGGCAGGCGUCGCGUGCCACCACCACCACCUCACGAAAUAAUGGAUCCCAUGGAGGAACCAUUGUAUGAUGAAGGAAGGGAGAGAGAACUGGGGUGGCAGCCACCACAUGGCAGAGGUCCUCCUCUGCCUCCACAUGAAAACAUGGAUGCGGGGGGAAUGAGAAGAAGACCUAUGGGUCGAGGAAUGGCUAGAGGCAUGUGGCGACCAGGUCCAACACAUGAGGAAUACGAAGAGGGAUAUAGCGAGGGUUAUGUUGAGGAUUAUGGUCAUGGGGAAGAUGGGUACCGCUGGCGGCCACCGCAGGAAUAUCCCCCUGAUGACUAUCGGCAUGAGGCCAAAUACUAUGAGUCUGAAUGGGACAGGGACAGAGAGCAUGCUCCUCCUGAGAGGGACUAUCCCCCCCGCAUGCCACCACCAGAGCCCUACAGAGAUCGCCAUUGGCUAGAAGAAAGAGAAAGAGAAGGAGAAAGAGGUCACCCAUAUCCAUAUGAUGAGCAUGACAGGGGUAGAGGAGAACUUAGAAUCCGUGAAUACAGGAAUGAGCCCCCGUACCGACAGGAAGAGUCACCAUAUCCACCACCACCACCCUCAUCAGAAUGGGAUAGGCCUUCAAGACUUCCUCCACUACCGGAGAGAGGGUAUCCUGCAGACUACGAGGAUCGCAGAGGUCGCUAUGAAGAGCACAAGGAUGAGCCCCCUAUGGAUAGACCUCCACCUUUACCUUCUGUUGCACCUGUCACAAACUUACCAGAGAGCUCAGUUGAUCCAGCACCACAAGGUGGGGCAAAUCUACUUGCCCUCUCCCAACGUCAGCAUGAGAUCAUCUUGAAAGCUGCUCAAGAGCUUAAACUUAUAAGGGAAUUACAGGAGGGGAAAACACCUGCUACUGAACCGCAGCCUCCACCUACUGACAUCCUGCCUGAACUUCCUGCUGGUCUUCUUGGUUUGGAGAUCCCACCAGAAGUCAGGAAUGUUCUGAAGGGCAUGAAUGCAGCUGCACAGACAACUGUACCUGAGUCUGUGUCUUGGGAUACCAAGCCUUCUACCACAGAUUACCAGUCAUCGCUUUCCGCUAUACCCACCUCUACAGUGAUUCCAAAGACUGUGGAUUAUGGACAUGGGCAUGAGCCUGGAGCCACAGUUGAGCGGAUCUCUUAUGGGGAGAGAAUAAUUUUGAGGCCUGAUCCAAUGCCAUCAGACAGGGGCUAUGAAAAAGAACCGCUUGGUCCCAGAGAUCCUUACAGCAGAGACCCAUAUUAUGAAAGACGAUUGGACCCUUACAUGGACCGUCGGGAGUACAGUAGAGAGAGGGAAUUAUACAGAGAAAAGCUUCCACCUGAAUACGAACGAGAAAGAUUCGAAAGGGAGCGCUAUCCCCCAAGAGAGAGGGAUGAGAGCACACAGUCCAUGGUUGAAGAAAGAUCUCCACUGGCACCUCAUUUACGCUCAGGAUACAGGGACAGAGACCGAGAUCUUCGAGAGAAGGAGCGAAGCGGCAGUCGUGAUCGAGAUGAACAUUAUGGAAGGCCAGGCUAUGAUAGACCUCCAUACGAGCGCACUGGACUCGACCGCAGUGGGCCUGAGCGUUACGGCCACAGCUCCUCACCUUACGUGGAGAGAAGAAGUUAUCCAGAUGACAGAGGGCCUCCCACGGCACCACCCCUCCCACCUCCACCUCAGCCACCCCCACGAGUCGAGAGGAAGCCUGAAAUCAAGAAUAUCGACGAUAUCCUCAAACCACCUGGCAGAUUAUCUCGGCCUGAAAGGAUUGUCAUCAUAAUGAGAGGGUUACCAGGAAGUGGAAAAAGCCAUGUUGCAAAGCUCAUACGGGAUAAGGAAGUCGACUGUGGCGGUGCACCCCCAAGAGUUCUUGUGUUGGACGACUAUUUCAUGACGGAGGUUGAGAAAGUUGAGAAAGAUCCAGACACAGGGAAAAGGGUCAAAACCAAGGUUCUCGAGUACGAGUAUGAGCCAGAGAUGGAGGAUACCUACCGGAGCAGCAUGCUUAAAACAUUUAAGAAAACUCUGGACGAUGGCUUUUUCCCCUUCAUCAUUUUAGACACCGUUAAUGACAGAGUUAAACAUUUUGAUCAGUUCUGGAGUGCAGCCAAAACAAAAGGUUUUGAGGUGUACCUGGCUGAAAUCACUGCAGACACCCAGACCUGUGCAAAGAGAAAUGUCCAUGGACGUACGCUUAAGGAUAUAAUGAAGAUGUCCAACAACUGGGAACCUUCGCCACGUCAUAUGGUGCGCUUGGAUGUGCGGUCCCUGCUUCAGGAUGCUGCUAUAGAGGAGGUUGAAAUGGAAGAUUUCAAUCCCGAUGAUGAGCCCAAGGAACCCAAGAGGGAGGAGGAAGAAGAGGGUGAUCUGGGCUACAUUCCAAAAAGCAAAUGGGAGAUGGACACGUCUGAGGCAAAACUCGACAAGUUGGACGGUCUGGGGAGCAGUGGGAAGAGGAAACGUGAGGACAUGGCAGACCUGGAUGACUACCUUCAGCUGCCAGACGACUAUGCCACACGCAUGUCUCAACCAGGAAAGAAAAGGGUCCGAUGGGCUGAUCUUGAAGAGCAGAAGGACGCAGAUCGAAAGCGCGCUAUCGGCUUUGUCGUGGGUCAAACCGACUGGGAGAGAAUAACAGAUGAGAGCGGCCAACUGGCACAAAAAGCUCUCAACCGCACCAAGUAUUUCUAAGAAGAUAAUCUUAUGUUCCUUUUUCCCUUCAUUGAAAGGUGUCCUGAAUGUGAAAACACUGAAGCUUACGUGAGACUCAUCGAGGUGACAUCAUCAAUAGUUAUCAAAUUCUUAGUUACUGGAUCAGGAUACAGUAAAGAUUUUUCUUUUUUCUAUUUUUUAAACAGGCACUCACCAUUAAAUAUGUAGUUUAUGACUCUGUGCUUCUUU